AUGCCGCGGCAUGAGGGGCUCGACGACGUCCGCAAGACUACAAGAAGAUCGGUCGUGUACGAUGAGAACAUCUUGAACGAGUGCCUUUCCCAACACUUGUGGCGGAUCGAUGAGGACCCAACGAAGGAUUACGAAUUGCUACUCGAGGGACUUCAAGCCUGUGCUGAUGCGGCUUCUCUUACUCAGCGAAGGAGCUCCGAACGCAUCUCGACGUCAACGAGAGAACUCUUGAGUAAGCGAAGGAGCCUGCGACUUGAUCCGAAUGCAACCCACCUCGAGCGACUGAUUGCUGACACCAGUUGCAGAAUAGCGCUGCAGGAGGACAUACGACAGUUCAGGCAAAGAAAAAUCCUCGAAGCUGCACAAGGAAGAUCAAGUAUAAAGAAGUGCAAGCGGGACCUCACCGAUCAUCGCGUACCACUUUCUGCUCUCCUGAGAGAGGACGGAACCCUCACUACUUCUAGAAAGGAGAUGGAAUCUAUAGCGGAAACGUUCUACACAAGUCUAUUCCGCUCCUCCACACCCGUACCAGACCCUGUUAUCCCCACUGCCCCCCGACCACCUACGAUCCUUACCUCAGAAGUCCGAGUUGCCAUCGACAGCAUGAAGAAGGGAACUGCUCCCGGACCCGAUAAGAUCUCGGUUCGACCCAGAAGGAAUUGCUCCACUGUCUCGCUGCGUGAAACUCUAGACUUACGGCGAGUAGUAUCGAAAGAAAGUCACGAUAGG